CCUCUACACAGGAUGUACAAAGAGCAAAGAGGUACGUAGUAUCCAUAUCCUCUCGAGUUUGAGUCAAGUUCAAGAAGAACCUGCUGGUGUGUUAACGAGCUGCUGCUAUGGAGUCUAAGAAGGGCGAGGUUGGAGAGUUGAGGUCUCUCCUACGCACUCCUGAGGUACAGAGGGACCCCAGGCGAUACCUCCAGGCUGUACAGAAGGUCAUCGCCUGCAUGACCCUGGGGAUUGACGUCUCCAAGCUUUUCAGCGAGAUGAUUAUGGCGGGAGCCACUGUGGACCUUGUCCAGAAGAAACUGGUCUACCUCUACCUGACCAACUAUGCUGAGUCCAACUCUGAGUUAGCUCUUCUCACUGUGAACACUCUGUGUAAAGACUGCCUGGAUCGUAACCCUAUGAUACGAGGGCUUUCCCUCAGGGCCAUGUGCUCCCUAAGAGUUACGGACAUUCUAGAGUACGUAAAGAACCCCCUGUCUAGCGGCCUAAAGGACAGGUCCGCCUACGUCAGGAAAACUGCUGUCAUGGGUAUUCUAAAACUCUUUUAUUCAGCACCAGAAUUUGUCAAAGAGCAAAACUAUGUGGAUGUUCUGUACCAGUUGCUAAGAGACAAGGACCCGCAGGUGGUGUCCAAUGCCAUCUCAUCCCUCAACGAGAUGUUGGCUGGAGAGGGAGGAAUGGUGGUCAAUACUAAGAUCACUCACUACCUCCUCAACAGGUUACGUGACUUCAAUGAGUGGGGCCAGUGUCAGAUACUAGAGCUGCUACGUCGCUAUCAACCCUCCUCUGAUGAAGACCUGUUUGACAUCCUAAAUGUGUUAGAUGAUCGACUCAAGCAUGCUAACAGUGGUGUAGUGCUUGGGACCAUCUCCUUAUUCCUCCACUUGACUAAUGACCUCACUGACCUCCAGGAGGACGUCUACAGUCGCAUUCACACCCCACUCCUCACACUGCUUGGCUCAGGCUCGUCUGAACUGGCGUACACUUGUCUAAAACACGUCCAACUUCUGUUAGCACGGCAACCUGACCUUUGGACCAAAGACUACCACGACUUCUAUUGCAGGUAUAACGAUCCCCCCUACCUGAAGGUCAAGAAGGUGGAGCUAUUGACUGAAGUUUGUGCAACCAACAAUGCUAAGGACAUCAUCAACGAACUCGGGGAAUAUGCGACUGACGUGAAUGCACAAGUAGCCCGUGAGUCUAUCCGUGCCAUCGGCCACAUUGCCCUGAAGCUAGUGACAAGGGCGGACAUUUGUGUGGACAAGCUGCUCUCUCUACUAAGCAUGGAUAUUGACUAUGUCACCUCUGAGACCCUCGUCAUCACAACCAACAUUCUGCGCAAGUUUGACAACAUGGUGGAGGUGGUGUUGCCCAAACUGCCCUCCUCCUUUGAUAGUAUAUCUGACCCUGAGGGAAGAGCUGCCCUCCUCUGGAUACUGGGGGAGUAUGGAGAGUCACUAGCCCAGACGCCAUACCUACUGGAGGAGGCAGUGGACCAUGUUGUGGAGGAGCCCUCCUCUCUCGUCAAGCUGUCCCUCUUAACAGCCGUCACCAAAAUGUUCUUCAAGAGACCACCAGAGUGUCAGGAGAUGUUGGGUCGACUACUGGAGCACUCUAUAGAUGAGGAGAGUGAUAUGGACGUGAGGGACCGAGGGAUGCUCUACUACCGACUACUGAGACAAGAUAUUGGACUGGCCAAGAAGGUGGUCAGUGGACAGAGCAGUCGUCUGGUCAUCCAGAAGAACACUGUCAUACCACGGUUGUCGCUGUUCACUGAGUUCAACUCUCUGUCAGUGAUGUACGGCGUCCUCUCUCACAACUUUAUCUCCUCCGACCCCCCCUACACUCGUGGGCAGCCGACCAAUCAGAGUGGAGCAGAGGUAGACUACCUUGAGCUGUUAAAGACACCCAUCGAGCCUAGCUCCACACAAGCUCUCCGAUCAUCAUUGGCCACCAUUGAGAUUCCCCGCCCCCAUGUAUCUGGCACCCCUCCGGUUAUUCUCCUCAACCCCAAGCCAGUCAUGAGUGCCGGGGAGUUUGAGCAAAGAUGGAUCAAAAUGACCUCAGCGUGUGAGCACGAGCUCACUCUUGAUCAGGUGCCACAUCCUAAAGAUAUGGAGAGAGUGCUGGCAGCAAGGUUUGUGAUGACAAUGGCCUCCAGCUCAAACUCAGAGCAAGUCAUCAAAUACUUCUUUUAUGGUCAAAACGUGUCCACGUUUGACCUGUUUCUGAUGGAGGUGAACGUCUAUACGAACCCCCCCAGUCUAAAGUUCAACCUCAAGUGUGACAACCUGGGCCAAGCCCCGGACUUUAUCAAACACUUUCUACAGACUCUAGUGGGCCAAGAAUGGCUAUCCAGCAAUUAGUAACUGACCGUGUUUUUAUGCGUUGGCCUUUAGUUUAAUAAUUUAUGAAUCUUAUUAUGUUUGAUCACACACUGAGUUGUCACUUGUAUUCAUAAUUGUUGCUAUGGCAUGCCUACACAUUUCAUGCAACCUA